CUCGCCGCGACUCCAACUCUAAGCUCUUGUUUCUCCGCAACCCAACCCUCUCACACGUCCGUUUGUUUGCGCGCACUUACCGGGGUCAUGGGGAAAUCGGCAAAGGCGAAUAAACCCCUCACUCAGGAAGAGAUCUGGGAUGAUUCUGCCCUUGUCCAGAGCUGGGAUGAGGCUGUCGAGGAAUACAAACUCUACCACAGCAUCCAUGCGAAGGGGGAGAAUGUUGAAGAUGUCCUGAGGGAAGCAGAGGCUGCUGAGAAAGCUGAGAUGGAGCAAGAUGAGCAGCCGUUGGACGAGUCAGCCGACCGCAUGGAUGCUGAUGUCGACGCCGACACUACUGCCAAUGCAACAACUCCAGCCGAACCUCAACAGGUGUCACAGGCCAAAACGUCGCAGGCUGCAGAAGGGCCAGAACAACCCUUUGUACAGGGUGCCCAGGUCACGGAGCAAACGGCCGGGCCCAGUCCCGUAGGAGCGCCUCCUAUGCCUCAUGCCACCCUAUCACAAGUGCAAGACGAAGGACUCAAAAACCUCAUGAUGGCUUGGUACUAUGCUGGAUACUACACUGGUCUAUAUGAGGGCCAACAGCGAGCAAACCAGAACAAGAGCUCAUAACCUAGCUGAAAGUACAGUAACGAAAGUGGCAGGUAAUUUUUCUGUGUUUACCGCUAUCCUGGUAGGUUGCAUUGGAGUAUGUGCGCAGAAAGCUGAAUCCCCAGGACGGCCACAGGCGCAAACAACAUCCCGUCUGGGUACAGGCCAGGAUUGGAUUAGAAUCUCCCUCCAGGCGGCUGCAGAUGGGCAUGCGCCUUGUUGGUGAGAUAUUACCUGAAUAGGUGGGCUUGGCAUUUGGCCACGAUCAUCGGUUGUGACCUUAGAAACCCACAUGAAGACUGUGAAACAGCACUGCGUAUAUCGAAUGAAGCGCAGCGACCUCAUUGGCGGCCUCACCCUAGUCCCUAUGACUUCGUCUGGUCUAGAUUCUGAAUAUCAUUCUCAUGUCUAUCUGCCUCCUCUUGCUUAGGAAUGCGCUUUGGGGAGUUAUAUAUCCUCAGUCCUUCCGUCCAUUCUGAUUUUCCUUUUAUCUUCCAAGAUUCCCUUAUAUAUAUACC